UCACAUUCAUGUAUUAUCCACUUCACUGGGGACCAGCUAGGUCCUCCUCUGAAGGCCCCUUGCGGGUCCCCGAACCCUAGCUUGGGAUACCCUACCCGGAAGUGGGUGGUGGAGUCACCGUCACCCAACUGGUCACACCACCGUCGACAUACUGCCUGCUGGGAUGAAGCUCGCCGCCGGAGAGUAACAGAGACUGUUAGAAAUCUGACAUCGCUCACAGUCACGGCGAUAAGUCGUCGACACGACCAGCUGCCAACAGCCAGUUCCGGGGAGAAAGGAGGAAAGAGGCGCGUCGCCAAAAUGAUGGAAGAAAUAGACAGAUUUCAAGUGCCGAGCGCCGUGCAGGAGGCGGAGAUGCAGGCUGAGAUGCAGCCGCUGGACCCGGCGUCGUCCACGGCCUCAGAGGCGGAUUCAGACACCAGAGAGGGGGAACCUGUAACUAUCAACUACAAGCCCUCACCCCUGCAGAUUAAAAUAGAGAAACAGAGAGAGUUGGCCAGAAAGGGCUCAUUGAAGAACAGCAACACUGUAGGAAGUCCAGUCAACCAGCAGCCUAAGAAGAACAAUGUCAUGGCCAGAACACGGUUGGUAGUACCCAAUAAAGGCUAUUCCUCUUUAGACCAGAGCCCAGAUGAGAAACCUUUGGUGGCCCUCGACACAGACAGUGAUGAUGAUUUUGACAUGUCUAGAUACUCAUCGUCGGGAUACUCCUCUGCUGAGCAAAUCAACCAGGAUCUGAACAUCCAGCUACUGAAAGAUGGUUACCGCCUCGACGAGAUCCCAGAUGAUGAGGACCUGGAUCUGAUCCCUCCCAAGUCAGUCAACCCGACCUGCAUGUGCUGCCAGGCAACCUCCUCCACCACCUGUCAAAUACAGUAACCCCGCCCCACUGGCCUUCUGCCCCUCCCCCACCCUUCCACACAAUAUAACCUCCCCAGUCUUCAUCUGCUGUGAGUUUACUUCGCCGCCAGAGUGGCGACAGUGAAGCAUUGGUAGAGUAUUGUAAUGACAGUCUAAGUGCUAUGACGAUAAUGACAAAGAGAAAUAAUCAAAUUAACAUAUAGAAAGUUUGGUUUAAAAUCUAGAAGAAGGAACACACGUGAGAAUAUUCAAUAUGUAUUUAAAAUAAGAGUGAAAGUGGUGGUUUCCUCCUAUGGUAGGACGUGCAGUUGUGUUUGAGAGCCCUUCUCCUGGUGAAACAUGAUGUAACAUAACACACUGAUGUUGGCAGACAGAGAACAAAAGGCCAGUUGAUGCUGUAAAGUGAUUUCCAUUUCCCUGAAGAAUAACAUUAUCAUAACUGCUGACUCAGCUGUUCUGCUUGGCUGAAUUGUGGGUUGCAUUUUUGCAUUUUUCUGUUUUUUUCUUUUUUUAUUUAAGUUUUUAUCCAAAAGCAAACUCUUUUUUUAAACCUGAGGGAUCUGAAUGAUUGUGUUGAUAUGGAGAUGAUAUUUUAGAAGCACGUAUGAUAGUCGUGGUACCACAAAACGAGGAUAUCUGAUACUGUAUUCAUGGUACUGUACAGGGUUGUAAUGUAGCACAGGCCAGUUUCUUGCACUCAUCCACAACACCUUUCACACACUAAGUGUACGAACAUGAAUGGCUGAGGAAGGAUCUGCAUGAAGAGCACUGAACUGAGUCACUGAAUGGAAAAUGAUGUGCAAGUAGCUUGUUGCACAUUUGAUUGUUGCCCCGUUUCUUUUGUGCAAUCACAUGCUACUGUUGUGGCGCUAGCUUGACUUGUACUGUUUUGAAUUUGCACAUGUUUUUUUUUGUUUUUUUGGCCCAUAGCUGUGUACUCUUUCCUGCAUAGCAGUGACAGUGUCUUAUCUGAAAUGAACUGUGUCAAAAGGGAAGAUCACAUAUCGUUGCACCGACCCUCAUGAUUCACAUAGUAUCGAGGCCAAAGGGACGGUGGUGCACACGCUGUUGUGUUACCCCCCUCCGACACACAUACACACUAGUGUCAGAGAACCUGACUGUCACUAGACACUCCAUUCCCAUUUCUGUUUUCACACCACUGAUCACACACAAAUGCGCAUGCAUGCACACCGACAUACAGCGCCAGUGGAAAAAGUAGGAUGGCAUCUAUUUGUCUCCUUUUACUAAUGGUUGGAAAUUGUUUUGUAACUGCAACAUGAAGGACCGUUGACUUGGAGCACUAAUAUCCUGUCCACUCAUGAUUCUCUCCCUCCCUUGAAUCAGUUGAUUAUUUGCAAUUAGAGUAUGCCUUAAGUACAGAGACGUUAAAAAAGUGUGUAUUUAUUGCCAUCUUUAUAAUUUAGUUUAUUUGAAGAGCGUUUGCUGUCUAUGAUGUUCUGCUUUUUUUACAUUUAGUCACGGGUGGUACUUGUUUUUCUUUGAUUUUUCUUUCUUUUUUUUUUUUAAUGAUUUUGUUGUAUUGUAAACACUUCCAUUACAGUAUUUAACAAUGUUACUGUUAUGUGCAGUGUAUGAAAACAGUUAAUAAACACAAAGCUAAUGGAG